AUGAAUUUCAUGGUUUUGGAGUAUUUUGGGGAAUGGGGUCGGGGUGUGAGCGCAGCCUCAGAACUCGCCUUCAUAAAGGAACCCAAUGACGUCAUCGCGGUGAGAGAUCGCCCGCUAAUGCUGGACUGUCAGGUGGAGGGGGAGGGGCCUAUCUCAAUCACCUGGAGGAGGAACGGCGUCCCCGUUGAGACCGGACGCAGAGCCGCCGUGCUGGCCAACGGAACGUUGCUCAUCCGGAACUUCUCCAAGAGACGCGAGAGCAACGAGACUGACGCGGGCGAAUACGACUGCGCCGCACAGAACCGUUACGGCAUGUUGAUUAGCCGCAAGGCUCGAGUCCAGCUAGCAUCUCUGCCCAAGUUCCUGUCCCACCCGCAGUCCGUGACUGUAGACGAAGGGGGCGUGGCCAGACUCACCUGUCAGGUAAACGGGAUCCCUGAGGCCAACAUCACCUGGCAACGAGACCGACGCCCACUGACCACGGACGACCCCAGAUACACCCUGCUGCCACACGGUGUCCUACAAAUCACCAGUGUUCAGCGAACAGACGCGGGUUUGUUUCGCUGCAUGGCCUCAAACAUGGCCAACACUCGAUACAGUGACGAGGCCCAGCUGUCAGUCACAGUGGCAGGAUCCAGGAUCUACCGUGAGCCCGUGAUCUUGUCUGGACCUCAGAACCUCACCAUCACUGUGCACCAGACGGCCAUCUUGGAGUGCAUCGCCACAGGAAACCCCCGUCCAAUCGUGUCCUGGAGUCGCCUAGAUGGACGCUCCAUCGGCGUGGAGGGGAUCCAGGUCCUGGGAACAGGAAACCUGAUGAUCUCUGAUGCCACUCUUCAACAUUCUGGAGUUUACGUUUGUUCUGCCAACAGACCGGGCAGCCGUGCCAGGAGGACGGCACUGGGACGACUGGUGGUGCAAGCUCCUCCAGAGUUUGUGCAGUGGCCGCAGUCUGUCUCCAGACCAACAGGGGGCAGUGCUGUGUUCAGCUGCACAGCCACAGGCGUCCCUGAACCUCACCUCAUCUGGCUGAAGAACGGCAAACUGCUGACACCUAGUGGAAAUGUCAAACUCACCAACGCCAACACGACACUCGCCAUCACUCGCAUCACAGCCAACGACGAGGCCAUCUACCAGUGCAUCGCUGAAAACAGCGCCGGCACCAACCAGGCCAGCGCUCGACUGGCCAUCAGCCAGGGGCCCGAGCUACCCGAGGCCCCGGAAGGCGUCCGGGCCACGCCCCUCAGCUUCAGCAGCCUACGACUGAGCUGGGACACACCCACAGAGAGCGGUGGCCAGCAUAUUAUCGGAUAUGUCCUGCACAUAAGACGACUGGGAGAGCCUGACAGUGCGGAGCUGCAGGAGGCGGUCAGUAAAUCCACCUUCUCACACGACUUCAACAACCUGGAGGCAGCGACCACGUACUCCAUCUACCUGAAGGCCUACUCUGCUGAGGGUGGCAGUCGGAGCUCCGCCCCCGUCAUCACAACCACCAAGGGAGGAGUGCCGACUCCUCCCAGUUUCUUCACCAAGGUUCUGAACCAGACAGCGAUGCAGGUUUACUGGGACCUUCCCUCUAAACCGGGACAGCUGGAAGGCUUCCGACUGGAAUACCGUGGCGUUUCCAACCCCAACAUCCAGGGACAGGAAACGUUUCCGGGACACAUCAACACACACACCAUCUCCCACCUGGAACCCGCCACUGUCUACGAGAUCCUGCUGGUGGCGUUCAACGGAAACGGAGACAGUGUGUCCAACCGCCGUCUGGUGUCUCUGGCAGACCAAGGGAAGAGCGCAGCAGCUGGUGCCACUUGUAACUGUAACCAGUCGGAUGGUUCGAUGUCCACUGUCCUGGUGGGCGUUCACAGUGGUCUGGCCUGCAUCCUGUGCUGCCUGCUCUUCAUCCUGCUGGGCUACAGACGAAGCUUGUUCUGUAGAAAAGCAGCAAACUGGGAGGCUCCGCCCAUUAAUGGUGUCAGAGGUCAUAAAGGUCAUGUAUCUGAGAGCAUCGAACUGAACCAGAGAUGUGACUCCGCCCCUCCUCCUGUGAUGGUCAUGGUGGAGCCGAACUCGCCUGUCCAAUCAGGCACUGGAUAAACCCUCAGAGCUCCGCCUCCUCCCCCGCCCC